AUGUCUCACAGUUUAAACAGUCAUCCCCUAAGAAACAAGUCGAGCAACAAUCAGCCUAAUAUCAACAACAUACCCCAGGCUUAGUCAAGUAACAACCAAAGUCUGAUUGGAGGCAGCAACACUCAGAACUUAUUCAAAGUUCUCAAAAAGUCUCAGAUCGAUACAACCACUGGAGGAGGUUUCGCCUUAGCUAACGCAUUGACUGGCACACAACUUCGAACGAAUUCAAGGAAUAACAACAAUAUGCAGGCAAUGACAGCCAACCCCUAAAUAAGCAGCUAGAAUAACACAAUGUUUCCCUCGUCUUAUGAGUUCAACUCAGGCAUCAUGGAAAACAGUGGAGGCAGUCCAAUUGAAAUGCAAAUGCUUAAAAGAAAUAACAAUACUAUACAUAGAAUCAAGGUGUAAAGAGUAAUACUAGAGGAGAUUUAAUAUCUUAAGAAAAUACUAAUGGUUCAGUCAAUAGGCAAAGAUCAGGCUAAUGCUGCCAAUCCAAUAUAAUAAAAGCAAGAAAGCGGAGUUUUUCCACCAAUGUCUAGUGGAAAUAAUGGCUAAUCUUAGAUUAAAUAAAAUGGGAUAUCUAGGAAUUAAAUAUAUAAGCAGAGCCUAUCCGAUAGUGUUAAUUAAAAAUUAGUAAAGGGCUUGAGUCCUAAGGCAAGCUUAGAAUAGUAGCAGCAACUGUAAGGCAAUUAAAAUUUCAGUCCAAAUAAGAAUCAUAGAGCAAUAUCUUAAAUAACUUCCUAGAAAAGUGGUUCAGGAGGAAAUGGGGAGUCCUAAUUCACUGAAAUACCUAUCCUUUAGCAAUCCUCUUCUGGUUCUGGCAACCUUAGAAGUGCUAAAGGCAGUUUGUCUAGAACUAGAAACAAUAAUCAGAAUCUGAAUAAGGCAGAUUUAUUAGGCAAUCAAAGACCCUAAUUUUAUACAAUGAAGAAUAAUGGUGGGAAUAGUGCGAAUUAAACAAGCAAUCUUGGUAUUACUUAACAAUCACCACAUAAUUUCUCAGGCAGAUUUAAUAAUUCAAGCACACUUAAAGGUUUGCAAUAACAGUAGCAACAAAAUGUAAACUAGUAGAAUAAUAUGGGAUAAGAGUAUGACCCAACAACUUAAUUCAUGCAAUCUUAUGAUGCGGCUAAGUUUGCAACUAAGAGGAAUGGAGUAGUGGUAUCCUAUGCAGCUAACACUCAUUAAGGAAUAAUCAGAAAUUAUAAUGAGGAUAGAGUUUCAAUAAUACUGAACAUUAUCCAACCCAAAUUUAAGGAAACAAAGACUUGGCCUAGAUGCUCAUUCUUUGGAGUGUAUGAUGGACAUGGAGGAGCUGCUUGUGCAGACUAUCUAAGAGAUCAAUUACAUUAGCUAAUAGUAAAGGAUCCUUAUUUCCCUUAAAAUCCGAAGAAAGCCAUCGAAAAUGCAUUUAUUGAGGCUGAAAGAGCUUUUAUGGAGUUCGCAGAUUAAUAAGCAGUUUUAGAAACUGGCCAAAUUGAUAGAAGUGGCUCAUGCGCUAUUAUUGCUUUAAUAGUAGGAGACAUUUGCUAUGUAGCCAAUGUAGGAGAUUCCAGAGCUGUUAUGUCUGUUGAUGGUGGAGAAAAGAUACUCCUGCUAUCAAAAGAUCACAAACCUGAAUCAGAUGAUGAGACUAAAAGAAUUGAAGAAAAUGGUGGCAGAAUAUAUUAGAACUCUAAUUAUAUCCCAGACAUCAGUCCACAAGGAAAAGGACAAAUGCAGUUGAUUGUUGGGCCCCACAGAGUCUUCCCAGGUAGAUUGUCCGUAUCAAGGACAAUUGGAGAUAUUGAGGCAAAAGAACCAAAGUACGGUGGAAAUCCUAAUGUAGUAAUUCCAACUCCAGAUAUAAAGUGCUUUAAGAUAAGAAACAAUUAUGACUUCAUUAUCAUUGCUUGCGAUGGAGUCUUUGAAAAACUGAAUAAUCUAGAUUGUGUCUAAGCAGUCUGGUAAGCUUCAAAAAUUAAUCCAAAAAGCCAAAGCAAUUAGCAUGAUGAUCGAAGUAUCCAUGAAAAGUGUGGUCAUAGUAUUGAUAGAAUAUUAUAGACAUCUGCUUUUAGAAGAACUUUUGAUAACAUCACAGCUGUGAUGAUUGCAUUUGAAAAUUUUGAGAAUAUUGCAGGUUAAUCAAUUGCAAGCGAGGGUCAAGCAGAUAGCUAGCCCUAAAUUUAUCAUAUAGACAAUGAAAAAUAGCAUAUGCCUUUCAAUCGUUUGGAAACAGUAGUUGAGGAAGAAUACAUAUAAUCUGAAGAAGUAGAUCAGAUGCUAACAGAGCCAGUAUUGACUCAUGAAAAGUCAAAAGGUUCUACUAGAAAUUAAAAUGACAGUGAUUCCAAGUAGAAUUAUCAAUAAUCUAAUGACUCAAAGGAAGACUACUAGUUUGACAUUAAUAGCAACAGCAAUUAAGAUGGAUUGAGUAAACCUGGCAUUAGCUCUCUAAGAAAGAAAUCCGCAGAGAAUAUUCAAAGUCGGGGCAAUGGAGCUGCAAAUGGUAAUAAUGGGAAUCGAAGAUAAUCAGCUUCAUCUCCCUCGCAUUCCAGAGAUAGCAAUGCUCAACAAUAAUCAAUCUCUAAUCUUAAUCUAAACAAUAAUAACAACGGCUAAAAUAAUACAAGCACUUCAAAGAGUGCUGUAAGAAUGAGUUUUCAAGUUUAAAGCCAAAAUUCACAACUACCAUAGCCUAGACUUUCAAACAGUACUCUUGUAAGUGAUCAGAACUAAUAACUUAAGGACAGAGUGUAGGAUCAAUUAUUUGGAAUGGCAAGAGGAAGCAAUACAAAUACUACUGGUAAUGCACAGUUGGGCUCAUCCAAUGGUUUGAGAAAUAACAAAAGUAGUAGUUUGGGCAGAAGAGAUCAAACUUAAAAUGCAAGAAUAGUUUCAAACUCAAGUGAAUAGCAAGCUAGCAGCAACAAUAAUAGCUAGAAGAUUCAACGAAGCGGGGUGAGUGACAAAGGUUACAGUAGUACCAGCAGAAAUGAUAAUAGGAAUAUAUCUCUUAAUCCGCAGUAAUUGCCUUUGACUUAAAGUCUUGUCAGCGGAGUCCAGCCCCUUAUUGCUAAUUUUCAUCUGGAUAAUAGUCAAUAGAGGCAGAACAUAAUUCAUUAGAAUACACUUAGCAAUAAGGCAUCGAGAAAUCAGCAUUUAAAAUAAUACUAAUCUUUGAAUUCUGCUUUAAACAAUCAGAUCAAUCCUAAUCUCACAUCUCAAGUAUUACCUAUAGGGGGCAACUCAAAUGAGUUUGAAUUCAAUCGAACUCAGUAAGUUACAUCCUCUCAUGUAGGUACUAAGGCUAAUAAUGUCAUCAGUAAUAAUAAUACUCAAAGUAGCGUUGGCGGGCAAAACACUUCUGGAAAAAAUUGGUUUUCCAAUACUUAGCAGCUGACUGGUAUUAGUCAGCUACAUAAACAUUAUGAGAAAAAGCAGACUAAGACUAAAGAUAAAAAUGUGCUAUGA